GCGAGUUCCAAACUAGUAUGGUCGCAACUUGCCUUCUGAGCCGUCACUGUUCGAUUACACACUCACCAAUUGCUUUCAUCCGCUUUGAGUUUCAAAUUGUAUUUCUAGGUGUGCUCUAAACUAUUGUUAUUUGAAUCUAAUUUAAUCAAAUUGUGAAGUUUAAAGUGACACGGUACAGAAAUCGAACAAAUUUGAUUGUUACUAAGACAGAGAAAAUGAACAACUACUUCAAGCUAUUUUUUCGCCGAAUUUCGAAAGAUUUCAAACAGAAGCAACUCCUUCCGCUCAAGUUACUAUUUUUCAUGCAUUCCUCAACCGUGCUGGUCUUGUACCCAUAUUUGACCAUCCACAUGCGCGAGUUGGGAAUAAACGUUGAAGAAGCGGCGACGAUGUCCGCUGUGGCACCUGUUAUAGCUGUUUUGAUGCCGCCUUUGGCAGGACUGAUUGCCGACAAGAUUGGCAACUUUAGGGUAAUGUUGGCCCUGUUUUCGGCCAUCGGCGGGGCCUCAGCUCUCCUGCUGUUGCUAGUACCAGUCGGUAGAAUCACUAUAACUUAUCCUGACCGAGUAGUAUUUGGAAUGUCUUGCAGUACAGGCAACCCUCUGUCUCUGUCACUCUAUCAACAGCAUCAAUGCACACCUUUAGGGAACAAAAAUCGCACCGAUCUUCAGCUUGAAUCUUGUGGUUUUGCUUGUCAUGCUGUUCUCGAAGAAAACCAAACCGAGGCGAUUCUUAAAACAAACACCUACAGUUUGCAAUUAUACAACGUUGAGAAAAACUCAACUCACACCUAUACGUAUACUUUAACUGAAGACGACAUACACAUCCCGGAACUAAUCUCAGAAACUCUCAAUCAUAAAACUCUAACAAACAAUGACAGAUAUUUAACAUCAAUACGGCGGCUUGCCAACAACUCGUACUAUUUUCCGACAGCAAGUCUUUUUAAUUUUUCCUGUGACCUUGCUUCAAAUUCAUCCAUAGAUUGUGUUUUUGGCACCCGAAGCUUGAUUGAUCUUUUUGGCCAAAAACUGGGGCCCAAAUUUCAAGGAAUUCUUCACCCGAUUGAAAUCACCGAAGAAGACACACUUGAAGAACGGCAAAUCUACGAUUUGACACUUAAUAAAAAUCGCAAUACGUCUUGUUUGCCAGGAUUUUCUAAACCGGGGCUACACAUCACUGUCAAUAUUCCAAUAAAAAAAGUAAACUCGAGCGAGAUUUCCAAACACCUGGAACUGGGGAGUUGCUCAGCGAGAUGUUUAGUGACAGCAGACCGGAAAAAAGUUUGUUCAAACCAAAACAGAGUUAUAGAGCUUGAUAUGCAAUUGACAUUUUGGUCGUAUUUAGUAAUUAGGGUGUUUAUUGGGAUUGUGAGUGGGACCUCUUUUGCUAUGUUUGAAGGGGCGGUUAUUGCUAUUUUGAGAGAGCAUAAGGCCGAUUAUGGGUUGCAGAGGAUUUAUGCAACAAUUGGUGGUAUGAUUAGUUCACCUUUGUCAGGAUUUUUUAUCGAUUUUGCUAGUCGAGGAAAAGGGUAUACGGAUUUUACCCCAAUUUUCUUUUUUUAUGCUACUCUGAAAAUUGUGAGUGGAUUUUUGAUGCUUUUUAUUAAUUUGGAGUUUAAAAAGCCGGCCCAAAGUGUCAUUUCUGAUGUACUGGCAGUACUUAGAAAAAUGGAAUUAAUUGUACUUUUUGUGGCUUGUUUGAUUUUAGGCUCGGCUUGGGGUUACAUUGAAAGUUUCUUGUUUUGGUUGUUGCAAGAUUUAGGUGGUUCCAAAUCUUUGAUGGGUCUAACAAUAACAGUCGGUGGUUUUGUUGGAAUACCUCUGUUAGUUUUGUCGGGGCCUAUAAUUAAGAAAAUUGGACAUGCCAAUGUUAUUUUCAUAGGAUUUGCUUUCUACGCCAUCAGAUUAAUCGGUUACUCUCUUAUUUACAAUCCUUGGUUGUGUUUGGUUUUUGAAGCAAUGGAAUCAGUUACUUUCGGUUUAAGUUUCACAGCUGCUGUAACUUACGCUGCAAAGUUAUCAACUGUGACUACUGACACUACCAUACAAGGAUUAUUAGGAGGUUUAUAUUUUGCUGUUGGUAAAGGCAUUGGAAGUUUGAUUGGCGGUCAUAUGAUAAAAAUGUAUGGAAUUCGGUCAACGUUUCAAAGAUUUGCAAUUUUUACCGCAGCUACCGGUUUAGCCUAUUUUGCAUUUUAUCACUUGUACAUGAAGCAGAGACCAUCUGCUGGUACAGAUAUUACAAAAAAAGAUGUCGAAAAACCACCGCAAGGCUUCGUCGACGUUGAUUUAAAUGUCAAGGCUCCUGUCCAUCACGACGUUCCUGCUGUAUACGAAGACGCUUUAGCAAAUCCUGCUUUCGAAGACACCGAAUUUACGGAAGAAACGAAUCAAGAGAAAAAAGAAGUCACUUCCAACACGAGCUAAUCGUUAUUUUCCAGUAUUUGAACAUAUUUUAUCGCUAGUCGUAGACAUUUGUUCUGUACUUGACAAGGUUAAAUUAGUGAAAACUUCAAUUAUCUUUAGUGAUUUCAGCGGUUUUUCCACAGUUUUUUAUUACUAUUAUAUGUAAUUCAAUUAACACUGUUGAUACAAGUCAGCGGUUCAACUUGGUACUCCUAGUUUAAAGCUAGCCAUAACAUCGCAUUCGUUAAAACAAAAAGUCAAUAAAUUUGCUACACAUUUAAAAAAAAUAACGGCAAAAGUGUUUUAUGGUUUUGACUGGUACGACAUGCGAAAUUGGAAUUAUUGUUACAUAAGAAACGUUUGUUUUGUUGUCUUUUAACAGAAUGUAACCGCACAAUUGUAUAACAAGUAUAAAUUAUCAAAUUUAAAUAUUUCCAUAUAAGGGAACUUAACGGGUUUUGGUCAGACGACUAACUGACCUUAUAAUAACGUACGUGCUUUUUUAACAUUCAAAUUUUAGUUUCCGAUUUUAUUUUACACAAAACUGAUAUUUAUUUUUUUUAUUAUUUUGUGUUAGCUUCCGGAAGUGUAACAUUACAUCAAAUUGAACUGGCUGACCUGUACUUAGUUCCUAAUUAAUAUUUUGGUCAUUUAUACCAUAGUAAUUAUUUUUUCAUCAUAGAUUUGUAUAUUUAGUUAUUCUAAUCACACAAUGUAUGUACGUAAAGCACGGUAUGUCAAAUUUGUUGAUAGUACUAGCAGAACAGCUCUUAUAUCUGUGAUAUAGUGAAGUAAUUAUGUAAAAAAAUGUUGUGAAUAUAAUAAAAAGUUUUUAUUUCUAAAGACACAUCUAU